ACAAAAUCCAACUACUUAAAAAGUGCAUUUAAAAUAUUUCCUUAUUCAUUCGGAUCCAAUAUACAGCAGAUCAAGAAAUGGCAGCAAUGAACUCAAGUGUGUUGGCAUGCAGCUAUGCUGUGUCAGGCAUUGGUGCAACUGAACUCACCUCAAAGCAUGCAGUCACCACCUCCAUGGCUCUCCAGAAAUUGCCAGUAGUCAUCAAGGCUCAACAACACUCCUCAGCCAACAUUAAUAAGGACGUCCACCAAGCCGGAAGAAGAGUUGCGCUCCUUGGCUUAGCUGCUGCCCUUUUCACAGCCUCCAACUCCUCUGCCAAUGCUGGCGUCAUCGACGACUAUCUUGAGAAAAGCAAAGCCAACAAGGAAUUGAAUGACAAGAAGAGGUUGGCCACAAGUGGCGCAAACUUCGCAAGGGCAUACACAGUUCAAUUUGGAACCUGCAAGUUCCCUGAGAACUUCACCGGCUGCCAAGACCUUGCCAAACAAAAGAAAGUGCCAUUUAUAAGUGAAGACUUGGCCUUGGAGUGCGAGGGCAAGGACAAAUACAAGUGUGGUUCUAAUGUGUUCUGGAAAUGGUGAUUGUAUUGUUAAGCAUAGCCCUUUCCCAAAAUGUAUCUACUGUGACAGACAAGUAAUUACCAUCCAUUUUCUUUUAAUUUAUUAAUCUUUAUUAAACAUC